AUGAGUAUUUCGUUGGAGUCGUGGGAAGGCGUAGUGUCCACGGUGCAGCGGUUUUACUCGCAAGAUUUAAAACCGUAUUACAACGACGAAUACUUGGAAAUAUGCCUAAACGUCAUAGGUCUGGGCAUAGGUUCGGCCAGUUUUAAUUACGUCCUGACCAUCGUGUCUCUGCCCGAGCCCAUAUGCGUUCACAACAACGUGGUGGUCGUGUCGCUCCCGAUGAUGCAAAACCUUUUGGACAGACACAUCGUUUUUCCGGAAAAUAAAUUAGAAAACGUCAAAAAUUUCGACAUUUUCAAAGAUUUCAACAUGUUUAAGAAAAACGACGCGGACCACUACGACAACUGCGUUAACGACUACAUGGUCCGUUGGACCGACCAAUUAUUGACCAACAACGGUUUCGAACGCAUAACUUCUAGCCAAAAGAUAUCAAUGGUGAUUUUAUUCAGGCUCGUCCUGUGCGUGGCGCACUGGUUGCAGCACUACAAACUCAAAACCGGCUCGAAUAACCACGACAGGUUCCACGACGUCGAAGUCGCAGACCUGAAGAGAAAGUUCGACGACUUUACAAGUUUGAAAAACAAUUCCGAAACCGCGAAACGGUUUAAAAAAUUGUACAGUGAGAAUUCGACGGUCGAAGAUUACGUGAAUUCCAAACCUGCGCACUCGACAGACGACUGCGACAGCGACGAUGACGACGGCAGCGUCACAGGCGACGACGAACGUUUAGACGAUCGCGCGCACGCCGCUGACGGCUAUCGCGACGACGGUAGUGAUAGAGAUUACGACAGUUACGACGACGACGACGACGACGACGGUGAUCGUCGUGUCGUCGACAGAAACAAGAAAUCUGGAAUUUUGAAAUUUAUAAAAAAAUAUAAAAAACGGUAG